CAAAACAAUCAUGGUUGGCAGUGCCAAGCCUCUGCUGAGAAGUGGAUCUCAGCACCCACCACCCUCCACAUCAGUUAGUGCCCUUCCCUAUCAAAACGUGACCUCUGGAGCCCGGGCUAGGUACUCACUGAGUGUGUUUGUGACAGUUUCCCACACAUUUUCCCUCCAGUCGUGACGCACGCAGUUCUGCUGUCAGGGAGACAGCACUGGGAUAUGUGACAUUGCUCUGCAGCUCUGCCAAGGAAAACGAAUGGACGUGCCAAUGACAGAGAUGCAUGCAGGGACAGGGCUCUUUGCCAUCCCGCCCCUUGAUAACCAAUCACUUAUAAAAGCCUCUUGUUGCAGGUCUGUUUAGCCACCAGUUCAGACACAGGGGUUUCAGGAUAAGUAAAUGGCCCUGCAGCAUGGGGUUUUUACAAGGGUUUCCUUUUAAAGGGUUGAGUGGUGCUUGGGGACGGGCUGUGGUAACUUAUAGCCAUAGAGUUUGCGUUCGGUGGGUGCUGUUCAUUUCUUUGAAGGCAAAGCAUUAGUGUCUCAGCAUCAUGUAUUGCCGUUUAACUCUGUAUGACACAUUGUAGCACGACUGCAACAAUCUGAACUGUAUCCUUUUUCUUGUAUAGAUGUAGAAAUUAGAUUUAUUAUUGGGCUAAUGAUCCUUCUAAAACAUAUUAGGGCUGGAAUGUUAUCCGGUGACCCAACAAAUCUCUUUGAACAAUUUCCACCAAAGGGGUUUCUGGGAAAUUUAGUUCAACAACAAGAUCUCAAUACUUUUGUUAUAUGAUCCAGUUCAGGUUUACUACAUUUGAUUGGCUGGACUCAUCCCCUUUGGCAGGGGGACAGUGCCCAGCCAGAGUUACUCUUGUACAGUUGGCUGCUCACACACAGACGGCUCAGCGUCAAAAACCAAAUUACAUUUGGGAAAGGGCCAGAAUUGCCACAUAGGAAUGAUUUCAGCACCUGUGAAGAAUUGUGAUUAUUUUCUGUGAUGCCAGGGGGCCCCGGCUAAUGCUUCCAUUAAAGAACCAAUCCGAAAUAAUAGCGAAUUUCAUUCUAAUGCAUGUUGCACAAAACCCUAUCUCCUGUGUAAUAAAUAUCAGAUCAAUUACUAUGGAAAUGGGACUGGAUUAUCAUGGAGUAGCAUUUGGGGGAUUAUCUGGGUAAUUGAAGCAAUAAAUAAAGGCAAGGGGUGGUUUAUGCAGAGCUGGGCUUAGCAAUGGUUGUUCACUGUUUGGCUCACAGUAUUAUUAUGUUUCUUGUCCUUUCAGUACUCCGUUCCAAGCAGUUUGGCCGGUGCCAAAUAUACCAUCCUACUAUUUGUGCUCAGAUUUAGGGGUAAAUUCUCCACAGGUGCUGCUUCAGAGCUUCCUUUGGAAGAUAGGACCUGUUGCUUCACCAUGUGGAUAACCAGGCAGAAGGCCCUGACAUGGUCACUACCAACACUUUCAAUACUCAUGUUCCACCUUUCUGCGUCCCAAGUCCCCGUAGAGAAUUCAGAGAAAGAUUACUGCUCGCGGAGAGAGCACCCCAUCCUUCCCUUUCAAGAACUCAAGCCCUGGUUGUCUAACUUCACAUAUAGCGACGUACAGGAUUUUUCUCAACUGGCAUUGGAUCUAAACCGGAAUCAGCUCAUCGUAGGUGCCAGAAACUACCUCUUCAGACUGAGCCUGCACAAUGUCUCUCUCAUCCAGGCAACAGAAUGGAGUUCGGAUGAAGACAUCCAGAGAUCGUGUCAGAGCAAAGGCAAAACGGAGGACGAGUGUCAAAACUAUGUGCGUGUCCUGAUAGUGAGUGGCAAGCGAGUGUUCACCUGUGGAACCAACGCCUUCUCUCCGGUGUGCACCAGCCGCCAGGUGGGGAACUUGAGCAAGGUGAUUGAAAGGAUAAAUGGAGUGGCGCGGUGCCCAUACGACCCCCGGCACAACUCGACAGCAGUGAUGACAACACGGGGAGAGCUCUAUGCAGCCACGGUUAUUGAUUUCUCAGGUCGGGACCCUGUAAUCUACCGUAGCUUGGGAAGUGUCCCCCCUCUGCGCACUGCACAGUAUAACUCCAAAUGGCUGAAUGAGCCUAACUUUAUGGCUGCCUAUGAUAUUGGGAUCUUCACCUAUUUUUUUUUCCGGGAGAAUGCAGUGGAGCAUGACUGUGGAAAGACUGUAUACUCCAGAGUAGCGAGGGUUUGUAAAAAUGACUACGGAGGGCGGUUUUUGUUGGAGGACACCUGGACAACAUUCAUGAAGGCGCGUCUGAACUGCUCCCGUCCCGGGGAGAUUCCUUUUUACUACAAUGAACUGCAGAGCACCUUCCUUCUACCCGAGCAGGAUCUCAUCUACGGCGUGUUCACCACAAAUGUCAAUAGCAUAGCAGCCUCCGCAAUCUGUGCCUUCAACCUCAGUGCCAUUACUCAGGCUUUCAAUGGGCCAUUCCGGUACCAGGAAAACCCCAGAUCAGCUUGGUUGCCAACCAUUAACCCAAUACCGAACUUUCAGUGUGGCAUUCUAAAUGAUGACAGCCCCAACGAGAACCUAACGGAGAGGAGCCUGCAGGAUGCCCAGCGUCUAUUCCUUAUGAAUGAUGUGGUGCAGCCGGUGUCUGUGGAUCCACUGGUGACGCAGGAUAGUGUGAGAUUUUCCAAGUUGGUGGUGGAUAUUGUCCAGGGCAAAGACACCCUCUAUCAUGUCAUGUAUAUUGGCACAGAGCAUGGCACCAUUCUCAAGGCUCUCUCCACCGCCAACCGGAGCCUGCGCAGCUGUUAUCUGGAGGAGAUGCACAUUCUGCCUGCUGGGCAACAAGAGCCUAUAAGAAGCCUUCAGAUCCUGCACAGCAACAGGUCCCUGUUUGUGGGACUGAACAAUGGAGUCCUGAAGGUGCCACUGGAAAGGUGCUCCGUCUACAAGACUGAAGGGACCUGUCUUGGGGCCCGGGACCCAUACUGCGGCUGGGACAGUAGGAAAAAGCGUUGCACCACCUUGGAGGACAGUUCUAACAUGAGCCUUUGGGCCCAGAACAUCACAGAGUGUCCGAUCAGGAACCUGACUGUUCAUGGCGGGCUGGGCGCAUGGUCAUCCUGGCUACCGUGCCAACACUCUGAUGGGGAUUCUUCAUGCUUGUGCCGUUCCAGAGUCUGCGACAACCCUCUGCCUCGCUGUGGGGGUAGGGAAUGCGAAGGGACACGAAUAGAGAUCGCCAACUGUUCACGGAAUGGUGGGUGGACACCAUGGUCAUCGUGGGCACAGUGCAGCACUUCAUGUGGCAUUGGAUUUCAAGUUCGGCAAAGAACAUGCAGCAACCCAGCCCCUCGCUUUGGAGGAAGAGUCUGUGUCGGGCAGAGUCGGGAGGAACGGUUCUGUAAUGAGAACAUUCCAUGCCCGGUACCAAUCUUCUGGACUUCCUGGGGCUCUUGGACUAAAUGCAGCUCAGACUGUGGAGGAGGGACCCACUCAAGACAGCGAUCCUGCGAGAAUGGAAACACUUGCCCUGGUUGUACCAUGGAAUUCAGGACAUGUAACUCUGAACCCUGUCCUGAAGUGCGAAGAAAUACCCCAUGGACGCCAUGGAUGCCAGUCAAUAUCACUCAGGGCGGAGCCCGUCAGGAACAGCGUUUCCGGUACACCUGUCGCGCGCAGCUUGCUGACCCCCAUAACCUACAGUUUGGAAGGAAAAAGACAGAGACGCGGUUCUGCCCUAAUGAUGGUUCUGCAGCCUGUGAGAUGGACACUCUGGUGGAUGAUUUGAUGCGGAACAGUAAGACUUCUGGGCAUAUAAUCAACGGGGGGUGGAGUCUAUGGAGUGGCUGGUCUUCCUGCUCCCGGGAUUGUGAACAAGGAUUUCGCUCCAGGAAAAGAACCUGCAGCAACCCAGAACCUCGUAAAGGAGGCCUUCCCUGUACUGGGUCAGCCAUGGAAUACCAGGACUGCAACCCACAGCCCUGCCCAGUGAAGGGCUCGUGGUCCUGCUGGUCACCAUGGACUCAGUGUUCAGCCACGUGCGGUGGGGGCCAUUACCAACGGACUCGUACAUGCACCAACCCCCCACCAUCCAACGGAGGAGACAUCUGUAUAGGCCUACACACUGAGGAGGCGCUCUGCAAUACAUACCCAUGUGAAGGUGGUUGGGCCGAGUGGUCAGAAUGGAGCAUGUGUCACGAGGACGGGUCCCAGUAUCGGAAUCGAUAUUGUGAGAUACACAACCCAGGGCCCUCCCAGUGUUUAGGGAACAACACCCAGUUCCGUGACUGUAUUUACAAUGAAAUCCCAGUCAUCCUGCCGGCUUCCAGCAUUGAUGAGAAUACCGAGUGUGGAGGUUUCAGCUUGAUUCACCUGAUUGCUACCGGAGUCUCCUGUUUCUUUGGCUCCAGCCUCCUGACCUUUGUAAUCUACAUCUAUUGUCAACGGUGUCAGCGCCAGUCACAGGAAUCCACCGUCAUUCACCCAGCGACCCCCAACCACCUGCAUUACAAGGGGAGCUCCACACCCAAAAAUGAGAAGUACACACCUAUGGAGUUCAAGACACUCAAUAAGAACAAUUUGCUUCCAGAUGACCGGACCAACUUCUACCCAUUACAACAGACCAACGUAUACACCACAACGUACUAUCCCAGCACUUUGAGCAAAUAUGAUUUCAGACCAGACUCCUCUCCAGGCAGAACUUACACUAACAGCUGAAAUCUGGCAAAGUGCGGAACUGAUAUAUGUACCUGAAGGAUUCCUUGAAACACUUCCCCUCUCACGACCCAUAAAACUGUGGCCCAGCUUAGCCCCUAAUGCUGGACGAGAUGGGUAGGAUCUCAGAUCAGACCUGCUGAUUACUGUUUGUGAAUUCUUGUACAUGUUGGACCAGGGGAGACCUGUGGGAUGAUGUUAUGGUGGCAUCUCCAAGGUCUGGACUGAGUUGGAGGAAUGAUUGUCCAAGUCCUCUGAUUACUUGAACACAAUAAGUUGCCUGUGCAGAGUAACCAAGACACUGACUAUUUGUUUUUGGGUGUUUUCUCCGAAGUUUUUUUUUCUUUUUUUGGGGUGGGUGGGAAUGGGUUGGUUGCAGGGGAGGGAACACUGGAAAUGUUUUCGUAGGAUUGGAGAUGACCCAUUACACUGAAUGGCUUUGUUGCUUGCAUGAGCAUCUUAGGCUCACUCAACUUCAUGGCACUUUGCCUUUUCACCAGUAUUCUGGAAUAUUCCUAGAACCCACCGUCGCCUUCCAUAUGUCUGUAGAACUGUUGGGUUAUAUUGCUGGAGGACCUGGACUCUGGUUCGGCACCAUUUUUAAUGAACUUGUCCAAGAUAUACAGUCCCAUGGCCAGUUGAAUUCAAUGAAUAUGGAUACCAACAACUCCAAUGCUUAGUUGGGCUUUACAUAACCAACCUUGUGUGCUACUGAAGGGAGAUAUGUUUGUGGCAUUGACUAUGGGGGGUGAUGCCGAAGCCAAUCCAUGUGUGCAACACCCUACUAUAAUGUGGAUAUGGUUCUGCCUACUCCUUUGCUGGCAAAGGGGACUAGCAAUCAAUUGCUUAUCUCCGGGCCUUUCACCUCAUAAGGGACAAAACCAGACCCUGGAAUCAACUGAGUGGGACAUAGCAUUGCACAUCUCUCCCACCACUUUCGUGAGCAGAAAUUUAACAGCCUGAUAUGUGACAACAGAAGUUGUGUCCUUGAUUCUAUCCAAUGUAAGGGCUUCAUUUUUAUCUGACUUGAACAAUGUAGCCCUAUCACAGAGGGCCAGCUCCAUGCAAGCUUGUACCUAAUGGAACCUUAGGGUUGGUUCUUCUCUGAUCCAGUAACUGAUGGAGGUGCACAGUGAUACAAUGGCUCUUGGGUCCCUGCGGAACAUUAUUAUGAUCGCUCAAUGCAUUUUUUCAUUAUCACGUUUCCUAGAUUUAUGAAUGUUGGCUUUUUUUUUAGUAUUUUAGUAUUUUUUUAUAUAAAAAAAAAAUCAAAAUCA